UUGGUUAGACUGACAGACGAGCUGCAAACAGACCGCCUCAGUAGGCAGGACUCAGGACUGAGAAAAAAGGGUGGGUCGAUGGAUAGCCCCGUGCAAACCGCGCUCUGUAUCAGGACUGCGCAGGCAAAUGAAUGGAGGCUGGAGGCAGCUAGAAAACUCUUCAGACUUUAAGAACAGGAGGGAAAUACUUCAGAGAAGACCACGGCUCUGGGUUUGAGAUGGAUUGGCCAGGUAGCUUUGAGACAACUCUGUGGAAAAUUGAUACAUGAUCGCUUUUUGGAGUCUGAGGUUACUUUUUUUAACAAGCAACAGAUGCUUUAAAGAAAGUCCAUUCACAGAUCAGGAGUGAGAUCCCACAGAUCAGGAGUGAGAUCCUACAGAUCAGGAGUGAGAUCCUACAGAUCAGGAGUGAGAUUCUACAGAUCAGGAGUGAGAUCCUACAGAUCCAGAGUGAGAUCCCACAGAUCAGGAGUGAGAUCCUACAGAUCAGGAGUGAGAUCCUACAGAUCCAGAGUGAGAUCCCACAGAUCAGGAGUGAGAUCCUACAGAUCAGGAGUGAGAUCCUACAGAUCCAGAGUGAGAUCCCACAGAUCAGGAGUGAGAUCCUACAGAUAAGGAGUGAGAUCCUACAGAUCAGGAGUGAGAUCCUACAGAUCCAGAGUGAGAUCCCACAGAUCAGGAGUGAGAUCCUACAGAUCCAGAGUGAGAUCCCCACAGGUCCGGAGUGAGAUCCUACAGAUCCAGAGUGAGAUCCCACAGAUCAGGAGUGAGAUCCCACAGAUCCGGAGUGAGAUCCCACAGAUCCGGAGUGAGAUCCCACAGAUCAGGAGUGAGAUCCCACAGAUUCGGAGUGGAGUUUUGUUUAGGAAUCACAUCACCAACUCGGGGAUGUGAUCGACUGGAUUUAUUGGGAAUUCAGAAAGAAUCUUAGACUUCUCAAAUCUCAAAGUGCGUCAUCUGAAGCUGUGGAUGUUGUAGCAGAGCUUUAUUUCAGCCAUGGGGAAUUUGGAAAGUGUGGAUGGACAGUGUGAGAUGAAGCAUCACAUCAUGCCAUUAAAGGUGCCAAUGCCGGAGCCUGCUGAGCUCGAGGAACGCUUCGCUCUCGUUCUGAGCUCCAUGAACCUGCCUCCAGACAAAGCACGCCUCCUUCGCCAGUACGACAACGAGAAGAAGUGGGAUCUCAUCUGUGACCAGGAGCGCUUCCAGGUGAAGAAUCCCCCACACACGUACAUUCAGAAACUGAGGGGCUUUUUAGAUCCAGGAGUCACACGCAAGAAAUUCCGCAGGCGGGUUCAGGAAUCCACCAAAGUUCUGAGGGAACUGGAGAUAUCGCUGAGGACCAAUCACAUCGGGUGGGUGCGCGAGUUCCUGAAUGAUGAGAACAGAGGACUGGACAUCCUGGUGGAGUACCUCUCCUUUGCGCAGUGCGCUGUCACGUUGGAUUUUGAUGGUCUGGAGAAUGGGGAGGACGGCUCACUGGACAAAGCCAAGUCCUGGAGCAGGUCCAUUGAGGAUCUGCACCAGAACGGUUUCAGUACACUGGUGCGCUCAGUGCGUCACUCGGUCCCUCGGUAUAAUUCAGCAGCAAACAGCAAAACCAUCAAAAACUCCAGGAUAGUGAGUCAGAAGGAUGACGUGCACGUGUGCAUCAUGUGUCUCCGAGCAAUCAUGAACUAUCAGUACGGUUUCAACAUGGUCAUGUCCCAUGCGCAUGCGGUUAAUGAGAUCGCCCUGAGCCUGAACAAUAAGAACUCACGGACAAAAGCACUGGUCCUGGAGCUUCUGGCUGCUGUGUGUCUGGUGCGAGGGGGCCAUGAGAUCAUCCUCUCAGCAUUUGAUAACUUCAAAGAGGUGUGCAAGGAAAAGCACCGCUUUGAAAAGCUGAUGGAGUACUUCCGCUGUGAAGAUGGAAACAUUGAUUUCAUGGUGGUCUGCAUGCAGUUCAUCAACAUUGUGGUCCAUUCUGUAGAGGACAUGAACUUCCGUGUGCAUCUGCAGUAUGAAUUCACUAAACUGGGUCUGGAUGAUUUCCUAGAGAAAUCCAAGCACACAGAGAGCGAUAAGCUGUCAGUGCAGAUCCAGGCCUACUUGGACAACGUGUUUGAUGUGGGAGGACUGCUGGAGGACGCAGAGACGAAGAACGUGGCUCUGGAGAAAGUGGAGGAACUGGAGGACCAGCUGUCUCAUGUGACCGAGAAGCUUCUGGAAGUGGAGAAUGAGACGGUGAUGAAAGUCGCUGAGCUGGAGAAGCAACUCCUACAGAAAGACAAGGACCUUUCAGCCAUUCGGGAGACGUAUGAAUCGACGAGCUCUCAGGUGCGCACGCUUCGACGUGUGAUACAAGAGAAGGAUGUCGCCUUCCAGAGGCACACUAACAUUGAAAAGCGGCUCCUGGAGCUCGAGCAGCAGGGAACUAUCCGCCUGAGGAAACAGCCUGACGGAGACAUUGCAAUCGAGGCAAUGGGUGGUGGAGGAGGAGGAGGAGGAGGAGGAGGAGGAGGGGCUAUAGACAUUAUGAUUGGAGCUCCUCUCGGGGAGCUGAGCUCAGGUAGCACCAUCCAGGGUGUCAGUUCGCCCGCUGCUACUGCUACUACUACUGCUACUGUGGAAACGCCUGCACCACCUCCUCCACCACCUCCACCUCCACCCCCAGCAGCAGAGUGUCUACCACCUCCACCUCCACCUUUGGCUCCUCCACUUCCUGGAGCGUCACCCUCAGUCAUCCUCAGUGUUGGUUUAGCAGCCAUCCGCAUCAAGAAGCCCAUAAAGACCAAGUUCCGUCUUCCUGUAUUUAACUGGACUGCUCUGAAGCCCAACCAGAUCAAUGGCACUGUCUUCAACGAGAUCGAUGAUGAGCGAGUGCUUGAGGAGCUUGACCUGGAAAAGUUUGAAGAUCUCUUCAAGACUAAAGCACAGGGUCCUGUGGUUGAUCUGUCCUGUACAAAGAGCAAAACCUCAAGUAAGGCCAUGAACAAAGUUCAGCUUCUUGAUGCUAAUCGCUCCAAGAACCUGGCCAUCACACUACGCAAGGCCAACAAGAGCACAGAGGAGAUCUGCAGAGCCAUCCAAACGUUUGAUCUCAAGGCCCUGCCGGUGGACUUUGUGGAGUGUCUGAUGCGUUUCCUACCCACGGAGGCAGAGAGUAAGCUGCUGCGUCAGUACGAGAGGGAACGGCGGCCUCUGGAGCAGCUGGCUGAGGAAGACCGCUUCAUGCUCCUCUUCAGUAAGAUCGAGCGCCUCACACAGAGGAUGAACAUCAUCACUUUCGUGGGGAACUUCAGCGACAACAUUGGCAUGCUGACUCCGCAACUCAACGCCAUCAUUGCUGCUUCAGCCUCUGUGAAGUCUUCUCCAAAGCUGAAAAGAAUGCUUGAGAUUAUUUUGGCCUUGGGUAACUACAUGAACAGUAGUAAAAGAGGCUCGGUCUAUGGUUUCAAGCUCCAAAGUUUGGAUCUGCUGCUGGACACGAAGUCUACUGACCGCAAGAUGACGUUACUUCACUACAUCGCUCUGAUAGUGAAGGAGAAAUACCCAGAGCUCACUAACUUCUACAAUGAGUUGCACUUUGUGGACAAAGCCGCAGCAGUGUCUCUGGAGAAUGUGCUGCUGGAUGUGAAGGAGCUGGGAAAAGGAAUGGAGCUGAUCAGAAGAGAGUGCAGUCUGCAUGAUCACCCCGUCCUCAAGACCUUUCUGCAGACCAACGACCCGCAACUGGACAAGCUGCAGAAAGACGCCAAGACCGCCGAGGAGGCUUUCAACACUGUGGUGAUGUACUUUGGCGAGAGUCCCAAGACAACUCCUCCGUCUGUGUUCUUCCCUGUGUUUGUGCGCUUCAUCAAAGCCUACAAAGAUGCAGUUGAGGAAAACGAACAGAGGAAGAAACAGGAGGAAGCUAUGAGGGAGAAACUGCUUGCUCAGGAGGCCAAACAGCAUGAUCCCAAGGUGCAAGCUCAGAAGAAGAGGCAGCAGCAGCACGAGCUCAUCGCUGAGCUGAGACGGCGACAAGCCAAAGACCACCGUCCGGUCUACGAGGGCAAAGACGGCACCAUCGAGGACAUCAUCACAGCGCUGAAGAGUGUGCCGUUUACAGCGCGCACGGCCAAGCGGGGCUCGCGCUUCUUCUGCGACACCAACCUGUACGACGAGUCCAACUGCUAGCCCCUUCCUAAGCUCCCUCUCAAAAUCUGUCCCUAAUUCAGAAGAUCUCCGAAGCCAGCCGUUCCUGCGAGCUGACGCGGUGAUCCGAAAUGGGUGGAAGCGACCCUAAAGACCCUCCCUGACCCCUCUCCACCCUGCGCUUAUCUCCCUGCACCUCACAGUGACGGAGUGUAGGCCAGGACCAAAGCAAACGCCGUUCGUUUUAUAAGUGGGUGGGCGAGUCCUUUAUUUAUUUAUGGAAAUCCUUUUUGGAUCAGAGGAGUCUCUGUUUCUCUCCUUGUCUCUCAACAAAGCUACAAAAGCACAGACGUUAACGUUUCCACCCUUUCCUUUACUCAAACACAUAUCCAAACACACACAAAGCAUCGGUGUGUGGCCUUGUUGGGGGAAAAGGAAAAGACAUUUCCUGGCGAGUUGUGUGUGAAAGGACACAUACAUACACACUGCCAGCGCAACAUGGGCUUCUUCACAUGUGCAAUCUAUAAACAAGACUCUUACUGAUGAAGAGAUACGACUGACACCAUCUACACCUACAAGAGCUUUUUUUUCCUUAUUUCUCUGUUGAUAAUUACAACAGCAUGAUUAUUAAUACCACUUGGGUUAAGCUCGACAGACCAAAUGUCUUAUUCCAUUUUGUUAAAGAAGUGCCUUUUUUUAUUGAGACAGUAUUAUUUGCUUAAAUAUUUAGCCAAUACAGAUGCCAGACUUAUAAUUUUGUACUGAUUGUUUUGCUUCUUUUGUACUGAUCCUUUAUUUUGUAUAACAUUAGUUGAAAUACUGUAAAUAGACAAUUAUCCGAAAAUGCAGUGCUUCGCAUUGUGGAUUUCAAGGAGAAAACUUUGCUCUUCAGGUCCUGUGUUAUUUUAACAGGCAACUAUGUGCCUUGCAUAGUUAAUACUAAGCUAACAUCAGUUCUGUCUGACUGUAUAUACUGGUUGUAAUGACAAUUUUGUUUUUUUGGGUUUUUUUUUGGCUUAUGAAAGCACUAACGUGCUCCUGAAUGCAUCUGGAUUGAAGCUGCAUGUUACAAACCCAGGUGGUUAUUUUUGUAACAAGAAGUUAUACAUACUGCAGGGGUGCCAACAUUUAUGGUUUAGCCAUAGCAUUUAUGAUUUUUGAACCCUGACCGAGCGGUAAAUUUUCUUGCUAGCAAUGUUGGCACCUCUGCAUUCUGUAUCUGUUUUGUGGGUAAACACCUACAUCAUGAAGGCUACACUGCAUUCAACUGCCUCUCCAUGCCAAAGAAGUGACAUACUCAUAAAUGUUAACAGCAUUUAAUUGGUUUGCAGGAUUUACGGUUAUUCUGUAUUUGGGAUUCUUUAAACUUUGUGGCGUCCUUUUGCACUAGCCAGUAACAUGAUAUGGGAUAAUGAGAUUAUUCUGAACUAAUACACUACAUACUGCCAUUUAGUGGCAGGAUUGAAACAUAAGCAACACUAGACCUUGUGCUGUGGGUUGCGCUUAAAUAUUUAAUUUUUUAUUAUUUUUUUUUUUUACAGAAACUGUAUCAUGUAAAAAAGUGCUGAAUGUAUAGGCAUGACCUUUCUAUUAAGGAAAUACAGCAUCACUGUAUCAGCUUUAGCCAUUCCAUGUGUCAAAGGAAGCACAAAUAAAAGUAAGCCGUUCCUGA